CAAGGUCGUUUCGGUCAAUUGCCUUGAAAAAUGUUAGAAAAAUGGAAGAUAGCGAUACGAGCAGUGGCCCAUCCUCUGCAGAGGUAUUUGUCUGUCCGAAGACUCUUUCUUUCACACUAUUCCCCGAAACCUUGUUUACACACUGACACACUCCUUCAUCCAACUCCAACAGAACAAGAAAACAUAGUACACACUACACAGUGAAAAAGAGAGAAACUCCAUCUUCUUUCUUUCUUUCUCACUCACCACAGAACACAAAAAAACAUUUCCAAAUUUCAGGUUUGGGAAAUGCACGAAACACAUUCCAUCGGCGGCGGCAGGUUCUACGGCGGCGGCGACCGGAGGCUGAGGCCGCACCACCACCAGCAGCAGCCGCCGCCGCUAAAGUGCCCACGUUGUGACUCACUCAACACCAAGUUCUGUUACUACAACAACUACAACCUUUCCCAGCCGCGCCAUUUCUGCAAGAACUGCCGCCGCUACUGGACCAAGGGUGGCGUCCUCCGCAACGUCCCCGUCGGUGGCGGUUGCCGGAAAUCUAAACGCUCCAACAAACCCAAAACAACCACCACCACCACCACCAGCAACACUAAUAACAACCGUUCUUCUUUCUCGGCAACCGCACCGGCCACCGCACCAACGCCACCGGCACCAGAGCUGGAGCAUCAUUCUCAUUCUCACUCCAGCAGUGAAAGCUCCACUUUAACCGUGACCGCGACGGAGGAGAUGUCGGCGCCGCCGCCGACGACAUCAAACGCUCCGUCGAAGAACAGUUUAUUACUUGACAACGACCACCGUGAGGCGAAGAUGUUCGCUAACCCUAACCCUAACCCCUCUUUGGAUAGUGGUGGCAUUUUCUCUGAGAUAGGAAACUUCACCAGCCUCAUCAAUUUAAACAACAACGAAGCGUUUGGGUUUGGGAACAAUAAAAAUAACAACAGCAUCCUCGAUGCGACGUCGUUUCGUUUCGGUAUUAGUGUUACUAAUCAGGUGCAGGCGGCAGCAGGUGGAGGCCAUGGUCAGUGGCAGCAGCAGAAUCAUCAGGAGUUCGGUACGGCGUCGUUUCUCGAUCACACUGUGCCGCUUGAGUUUUCUUCGCUGCAGCAUAAGACUGGGCAUCAGGGAGGGUUUGGAUCGUUGGAUUGGCAACCCGGUGCGGAUCAAGGUUUGUUUGAUCUUCCUAACACCGUUGAUCAGCCUUACUGGACCCACGCUCAUUGGUCUGAUCAAGAUAAUACUUCUUCUCUCUUUCAUCUUCCUUGAAAAUACUUAAGAAAUUUCUCUCUUUUUUCUUUUUGUUUUUUAUGACCUGAGAGGGAAAGAGUAAAGAAUAUCUGGAAUCUAAACCAAAGUAUAAAGAAAUAAAAAUAAAAAUUGAAAGAGAACCUGGAAGGAACUCGUAAUUAAGAUAUGUAAAUUUUUGGUUUUUUACUUUUCUGUUUUUUCGGAGAGGUGAUUGGGCUUGAUCAUAAGUAGUGAUGUUCAUGUGCAACUAACAUCCAUGUUAGUUUUUUUUUCUUUUUUAUGUUUUAUUUUAUGUAUGUAUUUGGAAUUUGAUUUAUUAGGGGGGGAAACAUAGGAGCGGUGUUUUAUAUUAAUAUAUAGUGGGGAUUGGUGCUAUAACAAUUGUUUGUUGUUUUGUUGGGUGUUUGGGAUUGUAAUCUUAUUUUGGCGUGUUUGAGAUGCUAUUUCAUCCGCACUAUUAAUGGCUAAGAAUUUGAAAAUGACGCAAAA